AUGAAAGUUCAAGUUUCCUUUUUGUCUCUUGUAGUAGCCCUAGUCUCAGCUUCGUCGAUACACAACGAUGAGCGUUACUACGAACAUGAGUCAUCAAGAUACAACACCUUCUCCCCCAUUGAAGACCGUCAACCGAGAAAUUACUAUACAACCUACCCCAUAUAUAGAGACCAACCACAACCGAGAGACUACUUCGAUGGCAUCGAUCGUCGACCUCAAAUCUUGCCACCUCAACCUUAUUAUGAAAACCGACACAGAAGGAGCCCUCCUAAAUUUACCAAGCCGGUUAUCCACGUGGAAGAUUAUGACCAACUAAUGUCAACAAACGAGCAAUCAACACCAGAAUCUGGAAGAUUCAGGAGGAAUUCUCCAGAGUACAAUAUGACACAAGCCCACUUACUAGACAUUCACGUAAAGCCAAGGCUUACUGAUGAAUAUCCACAACCACGUUUUGGAGCAGGAAGAUCCUGGAGAAGUGCUCAUAAGAAAGAAGACAAAGCUGUUCAUGUUGCUCAACAACGUCCAGCUCUUCAGCCAGUGCAUGCCACUAAAAAUGAAUUUCGUUAUGGAAGAGUGACGAGAAAUCCACCUCAAGGCAUAAGAACUCUCGAAUUCCUUCAUGAAGAUAUGGGCCGAGCCGAAAUUGGUGAAGAAGAUGACCAUCAUGAGAUUGAUCUUGAAAACCGUGACCAUUGGAUGGAGACCAGAUCAAAGAGGAGCACUCCACCGUCUACUAAUGACCACCCAUAA